AUGGACUCGAACGAGCCAGAGAUCUGGUCUCGCAUCCUGCGAUCCGUAGCCUCGUCCUCUCGGGCUCUGCCCAACCGCACACUCAUCUUAUGCGGACAAGUGGGCACCGGCAAGAACACCAUUCUGGACACAUUGGGGCUUGGCAAAGGGAAGGGAAAGGCGACGGAUGAUAGCAUACGAGCAGAGCUGGGGUUAUCGUACGCUUACACAGACAUCAAGGAUCCCUCAGCCUCGACGGCGCUCAAUCAACGCGCGCUAGCGGAUGAAGAGAUCGUUGGCAGGCUAGGAUGCUACUCGCUUGCGUCUUACGAUCCAAGUUUUGCCGAUUUGCUGCCUGUCGCGCUCAACAAUGACAACUUUCUCGAGACCUCGCUCAUCAUUGCUUUGGCCUGGGACAAGCCGUGGCUCUUCCUAUCGUCACUACAACGCUGGUUCAGUGUCAUCGCGGCUGCGGUAGCAAGCAUCGAGCCAGCACUCGUUGACGAGGGCAAACAGAAGUUGGUGGCACGCUUCAAGAGCUACACCGAAGGCUCAAGUCGACUGCCUAAAUCAGAACAUGACGAGUUGCCCAUGCCUACAGGCGCCCUGCAGGGCAGCUUUGGUCUGCCCAUCUACAUUGUCUGCACAAAGGCGGACCAUAUUGCGCGCCUCGAACGCGACAAAUCACUGAAUGAAGAGCAAAGCGAUUUCAUCCAACAAAGCCUACGCACGAUCUGCUUCCACCAUGGCGCUGCCUUGUUGACGACGACGAACGCGCGACCGAGGACGUUUGAGCGCUUACGACAGUAUCUGCAUCACCAGCUCUUCAAUCCUGCACUCUUCGCCUUUGAAGCCAAGCCGAGCGUCGUUGAGCGAGAAGAAGUCUUUGUUCCUUUUGGCUGGGAUACAGAAGGAAAGAUCAAGCUACUGCGGGAUAGCUAUGAUGUGGCUGCUAUGGCCCAAGCAUGGUCGAACGAUCUGCUGAACGAGCAAACCGACGACGAUCCUUCGCUUGUCAAGCUCUAUUCAACCCUGAUACACGACACGUCUGCCAAUCGUAUCAUGGCGCCCAAGCCAGCUUUGAUGACUGUGCGAGACGAGCAAGAAUUCCUCAAAGAACACUAUGACGCUCUGCAGAAGGACAAGGUCAGCACAGAUGCGAAAUCGCAGUUCAAGACGGCCUCGACCGGUCGGAUGGGCCCCAUGACGGGGUCCACCGCCUCUCUCGAUAUGCCUGGCGUGGACAAGGCGCUCGCCGCCUCUGCAAUAGCUUCGCCGAUCAGCAAGCCCAAGUCACCCUCGAAUCAAGCCCCGGCAGCCGCACCACUUGCAGCCGCGAUACCGUCUCCUCUGACGCCACAGAGUGGUCAGAGCCAGAACGAGGUCUUGCACAAUUUCUUCCAGUCCCUUCUAACUAGGGGGAAGCUGAGUAUGGCGUCCGAUGGCGCUGCUUCUAUCAUUGUCGCAGUACGAGUGCGCCCGUUCUCGUCCAGAGAGUCGGCCUUGUUCGCACCCGAGCCAAAGACGCAGGUAUACAUGGGCGAUGGCAGUCUGUCAGCUACACCGGUCGCCUCGACCUCCACUCUGAGUAGUAACAGAGCAUCAGGGCCAGUGAGACGGAUUGUAAAAGUGUUGGACGAUCAAGUGAUGGUAUUCGACCCGCCGCAAGAGAGCGCCAACCCCUACGUCAAGCUUAGCAACAAGCGGGCCAAGGAUCUCAAGUUCUGCUUCGACCGGGUCUUUGAUGAGACUGCCACUCAAGAAGAUGUCUACUCUGGUUCUGCCAAAACGCUCGUCGACGGCGUGCUCAGCGGCUACAAUUCGACCGUUUUCGCUUAUGGCGCGACUGGCUGCGGUAAGACUCACACUAUCUCAGGCACGCCAGACUCGCCAGGCAUCGUCUUCUUGCUCAUGAAGGAUCUGUUCGACCGCAUUGCCGAAAUGAAAGACGAGACCACGGUCGAAAUGAGCGUAUCAUAUCUUGAGAUCUACAACGAGGCCAUACGGGACUUGCUUGUGCCGGCCGGCUCACCCACGCUCAUGCUGCGUGAGACGGGUAAUCGCAUCACGGUGCCCAACCUUUCGGAGCAUGUACCCGCUUCGGCUCAGGAAGUCAUCGAGAUGAUUCAUCAGGGCAAUUCGAUGCGCACAGUCUCGCCAACCGAAGCCAACGCAGUCUCGUCGCGCUCGCAUGCCGUUCUAUCAGUCAACAUUCGACAGAGACCGCGCACAGCCGAUCUGACCGAAGAGAUUAAUAUGGCUACGCUGAGUGUCAUCGAUCUGGCAGGCUCCGAGCGCGCUAGUGUAACACAGAACAAAGGACAGAGAUUGCUCGAGGGCGCAAAUAUCAAUAGAUCACUGCUCGCGCUCGGCAGCUGUAUCAACGCCCUCUGUGACCCUCGUGCACGCGCACAUGUUCCCUUUCGAGACUCCAAACUCACUCGUUUGCUCAAGCACAGUCUCGGCGGCAACUGUCGAACAGUCAUGGUCGUUUGCGUCUCGCCUUCAUCUCACCACUUCGACGAAACCUACAACACGCUACAGUAUGCUAAUCGAGCCAAGGAUAUCAAGACCAAAGUAUCUCGCAAUGUCAUCAGCGUCGACAGACAUGUCAGCCAAUACGUCCGCGUCAUCUAUGAGCUACGUCAAGAGCUGGCAGCGCUCAAGGCAGAUGGCAAAGCAGUCUCGGCAAAGCAUAUCGCUGUCGAUCAACAAGCUCGUGCAAAAGCGAUGAAGGAAGUCACAGAUGCAGUGUCUCGCAUGCGAUCAAGUUGGGAUGAUCUCUCGCGUAAAGUCAAAACGGCUGCCUCCGCGAAAGCAGAAAUCGAUCGCCUUGUCAUCCUGCAGAACGUCGCUAUUGCCUGGCUUGACGGCAUGUCAGCUUCCGGUAAUUCAUCUGUCGAGUUGCAGCUUCAGCCUGUCCGGGAACUUCAGCAGCAGUAUCAGGAUCGCGCUCGGCAGCUUGCUUUGCACAUCAACAGCGCCGAUACGGCAAGAUCGCUGUAUGAAGCCAUCGCGACCGGCCUCAAGAGACGUUUGACCGACCCAGACGCUCUCGAAAUGCUCGAAGCCAAGAACGCAGCCUUGCAUCACGAGCUUCAGUCAGCAGCCUCCCAGGCAGUAGCAGAGGUGCACAUAGCAUCAGCGCGGCAGCAGUGUGAGCUGCUACAAGCCAUCAUGCGUACUAGCGUGCUUCUCGGCAACGGCGCAGACGCCCCCACUCUGGCUCACAUCAUGGGUAUUGCGGAGCAAGGCUUUACACAGUGCUCUGGGCCUGCGCCUUCAGCGACCAUCAGCAACGUACUCAAGCGACCUGCAUCUGCAGCGAGUAGCAAUCCUCCUCUCAAGCGCAUGUCGAUUGCGGGCCGACCUUCGACUGCCACUAUGCCGAAACCAGCGCCAAGGGCCAGCAUAAGCCGAGAAAGUCUUGCACCUCGUCGCUCGCCUCGCAAGCUCACGGCUCAGCCGCCUAGAGCGAGACCGCUUUCGCCUCACAAGCCAGCCGUAAUCGCCGCGCCUGUUCUAGCGUCUGCUGCAGAUGCGUCUAGCUCAUUCGCGGACGAGUCGACUCUGAACAUGUCUGAAAUCUCCAGCAGCGACAACCUUUUGGCAAAGUCAGCAUCGGAACUGUAUCCUGAUCCUUCACCAUCAGCCGGACCUUUGCGAGACUUUGACUUCAAUCGACCUGGACAGCUCUUGCAAAACAUCGGCACGAAGCGUGCGCCAUACUCACCAGGUAAAGACCUCGUCGACCCCACUGUCUUGAACGCAACCAUCUCAAAGCCGCCGAUCAUGCGAGGACGAGACAGUCUGGCAAGUCGGCCACUCGGCCUAUUGUCAAAGCCGUCGACCCUGCAUUCGCUCGGAGAAGAAGCAGAAGGCGAGGAAUCAGCAGCAGCGCCUGUAUUUGUACCCGCUUUCAACUUUGUCCCGCCUCUUCAGCCCUUGCCCGUCUUGCCUCUCUUGGCGCCCAUGCCACCUGUCGGACUCGCAGCGCCUGACACGCCUGGCAAAGAAACAGCUUUGCGCGCUGCUCGUCGUUCAAUGGCCGCUGGCCCCGGGCCAAUCCGCAGCCCAAAGCAUCUCCCAUCGCGUCGAUUCAGCUACUUACCGAAUAGUCCGGCGUCGAGAGCCCAAGGCACUACGGAGGCAGCUCGCGCAUCGCCACGUAAAGUCAGGCGUGCCUCGAUGGCUUUGGGUGGCUCAACUCAGGCGACUGCGCGCUCAUUACUUCGCAGAGAUUCGACUGUGCCCGCUGAACGCAUCACGCCUGUGUGGCGCUGA